AUGCCCAAAAACCGCAAGACUCAACCUACCGGCCCGCAGAUCGAGCGGGCGGUGCUGGUUGCGGCUGAAGCCCGCAAUCGGGGCGAGCAAUUGUGGUCCAUUGAGGAUUCGUUGAUCGAGCUGGACUACCUGACCCGUUCGGCCGGCGCCGAAGUGAUUGCCACCAUCCAGCAGCGGGCCGACCGGCUCACUCCAACCUACAUCGGCAAGGGCAAGCUGCAGGAAUUGCAGGAGUUGCUGGAAGCAGAACGCCCCGACGUGGUUAUCUGCGACGAUGAGUUGACGCCAACCCAGCAGCGCAACCUGGAAACGGCCCUCAAGAUCAAGGUUAUUGAUCGCACCGCGUUGAUUCUGGAUGUGUUCGGACGCCACGCGCACACGCGGGAAGGGCAGUUGCAAGUGGAGUUGGCACAGCAUCAGUACCUUUUGCCUCGGCUGGUGGGGCAAUGGUCUCACCUGGAACGGCUGGGCGGCGGCAUCGGAACCCGGGGCCCCGGCGAAACUCAGCUGGAAACCGACCGCAGACUGGUGCGCCAGCGCAUCCAGAAAAUUCGGGACGAGCUGGACAAAGUGCGCCAACGUCGCAGCCAGUACAUGGAACGGCGUCGCCGGACGGACGUCCGAAUGGCGACGCUGGUGGGGUAUACCAACGCGGGCAAAAGCACGCUGUUCAACGCGCUGUGCGACGCCGGCGUGCCGGCCGAAGACCAGCUUUUCAACACCCUGGAUCCGGUAACGCGCCGGCUGAAUAUGCCCGAUGGCGGCGAGCUGCUGCUCAGCGACACGGUUGGCUUCAUCCAAAAGCUGUCGCCAAUGGUGGUGGCAGCGUUCCGCGCCACGCUGGAGGAACUGCACGAGGCCGACCUGCUGCUCCAUGUCGUUGACAUAACGCACCCCAAGGCUCCCGAGCAGGCCGAAGUAGUGGAGAAUACGCUCACCGAUCUGGAGCUGGGCGGCAAACCGAGACUGCUGGUCAUCAACAAGAUGGACCUGCUCACCGAUAACCCCGGCGACAUUGCAGCAGAAGCCCUGGUCGGGUUGCCCGAUCUCACGGCGGCAGAAUCGCCGGCAGUUGGCGGCCGGGUAUUCGUUUCUGCUGUGAAGGGCUGGAAUCUGCCGACGUUGCUGGAGGUAAUCCAGGAGCAUAUCGGCAAAUCAAUGCCCGCUGGCGACCGGGCCGUCGUCUAG